AUGGAGCGAAAAAUUAAAUUAAACUUUUUAUUUAAAAUUUUUAUGUUUAUCUUUUUAAUUUCGAUAUGUCAUUUUGAUUAUGAUAUGAGUAUCGAUAAUGAAUAUUUGUAUAAAAAUUACAUUGCUGAUAUAGAAAUAGUUACAAGAUCAUAUCGAUUACUAGGAACGCAUAAGCAGGAAAAAUGUUCAGAUAUUGUAUAUAUAAAAGGUGAUAUACCAACUAUCAGGGAAUACCAAAAAUUGAAUACUUAUAAUAGUAUAAAAGUAACCAAAGGCAUAAAUAAAAAGCAAAAUGAAUGUUCAUUAUAUAAUGCAGGAGGUUAUGAACAUGGUGGGAGAAGUAAAAAUUCUGUGCACUACGGAAGAAAUUCAAAAUUAGGAAAAAGAAAAUUCGACAAAAUAUACUAUAGAAAUACACUUAGGAAUUCUACUAUUGCAGAUUUUAAGUUUUUAAGAAAUGUUACAAAACAAAAAGCAGUUCUUAUUUGUAUUUUAUUGAGCUUCCAUGCAAUAAGUGGAAUACUACUAAGUUUUUUAAUACCAACCGACACGCUAAGAAAUGGUAAAAUUGUGAUAUCAAAGCUUUGGAAUUUUGGAGCAACUGUAGGAUUUUCCACAUUCACAUAUAUAGUUAUACUAUCGUUUAUUCAUCUCUUCAGUUUAAUUGCAAAGUAUAUGAAGAUAAUACAUAAGAAACGUGAAAUAAAUUAUACAGCGUAUCCUUCUCUUAGUAAAGUCUUUUAUAACAGUAAUUAUAUAUAA